AUGGAGUCUAUUCAUCGAGAACACGGAAAAAUAAAAGAGAUAAAUGCCGUCGAAGAAGCACGGGUCGAAUCGUUGUUUGAAAAGCUGAAGUCAAAUAAGUCUUCGACAAUGGUUCAAGAAAACAUCGAAAAAUGUGAAAUACAACUCGAGGAAUGCGGUGCUGAUAUAGACGAGAUUUUCAUCAAGCUUUACGGUCAGCCUAGUCAGAUUAGAAGCGCUGAAGAACAGCGAGAAAUUAUCAACAAAGAAAAUGCGAGGCGUAAAAGAGCCAAGAGAAUAUCCAGUGAAAAUGCAGACGAUGGAAAAACAGUUGAGGAAAAUGGAAAUACCACGACUGAAAUGGUGUUAAUCGAUGAAGAUAUCAUAGAACAGGAUUCUGUGACGCUCGAACAAGCUGAAGUAGAUUGGGAUGAUCUUUUUGAUGAUUUGGAUUCGUCAGAAACUGAUGUGGAAACACCUCCAAACGGGUCCGACAGUUUUCUUUCAUGUACUGUUCUGUGAUUAUGAAUGAUUCGUGAUUGACAUGCACAUUUCGACGAGAUUGAAACCUUUUUAAAAUUUUAGUUUAGUACUUUCAAUUUGUAAAAAAAACGGCUUAUAUUAAAAUGUCAAUAAAACCUGCAGUGGAUAAUUUAUAAUAGCUGUAUGAAUAAAUAUAACAUUAUACAAGAAGUAAAAUACUGGAAUAUGUUGCCAAGUGAAGCCGGAACAUCUGCUCAAUACACGCUUCCGGAAAGUACGUCACCUUGGCCAUAGAGCCUCGUUUUUUACGUACAUGAAAGCGAGGCUCUAUGGCCAAAGUGACGUACUUUCCGGAAGGAUGUAUUAGCCUUUCUCAAGCUGGGAUUAUUCACUGUUUUGGGGGGGGGAGUGCCUCCCCCCCCCCCCCAAGACACACACCACAAGUAGGAGAGUGUACACCAGGCAUCUGAGAAUGUGCGCACCGCGAAAUGUGAUUUUUUAUCACUGUAGCUGUGUGUUAGUGUGUAUGAUCAUAUAAUGGUAAAUUUACAGUUACAACUUGGACAAGUCGCUUUUCACAUUGUUUAGAUUGUCCAGAUUCACUGACGUGGGAAAACAGUACCCCAAAAUGGCAGAUAUGAGGCCCGUGAGAAAGGUUAAUUUUAGGUGUUCUCAUGAUCUCAUCAUUAUGAAAGCAGCAUUUUGGCAGCUGUUGUUAUGAAAUUUCCACUGGAAUUUAUCAUCGACAUCAUCAUACAGAUCUUUGACGGUUCAAAAAAAUUAUUCUGCAUGCACUCGACAUAACGUAUCAUUUAUAUUUACAGGGUAUAGUGAAAAAUAGGCAGUCAAAAGGAGUAUUCAAUCAAUUUCCGCAUCUUUUAAAUAAUAUUAUACACUUUAUUAAAUAUUUCAAAAGAAGCGGAUCUAAUUAAUUAAAUUAAAUUCAGAACAGCUAAAUCAACUCAAACGCCUCUUUGAGCAAUCAUGGUGUCUAGCGAAUCAUUAUACAUCUUCUGCAAUCUGCAUAUAAUAGGCAAUAUUUUGCUGAAAUUUAUCUUCCAAAAACCGAACUAUUCAAAGCAAAAAGUAGCAAUCUUGUAUUCAAUACGCGAUUACUCGCUUGAACGCUUUCCUUUUUUCUUUAAUGAAAUGCAAGAAUGUGUAUUUGAAACAGAACAUGUUAAACAUAGACUCCAGGCUAGUUCUGGUACAUUCCGUAUGACAUUUUUGGCAGUAUAUAGAGACAACCUCUCGAGAAACCACUUAUUGCAAUUGACUCCAGUUAUUUCGUCUGAAAAUUGGCAUAUACGUGUUCAUACAUUGUAUAUUGGUAUAAAGAAUAAAUACAUUGUUGCUGAGUAUUAACAGUGGCUAACAAGUUAAUCGUUUGCACAGGUAAGUACUUUUAUCAAUGCUAUAGUUUGCCGACAUUGUCGGUAUUAAUGCUUGUCAAGGCCAGCUUUUGACAUUCCUAAAAGGUCCUCUUAGGGGCAAACGCGGAAGCGUGCUCAUCAAUAUUAGGAGUUGCAAUACUUUCAGCUCUCGUUUCUAGUAACUUUCGCCGACUUUCGUUGAGUCAAAUUUUAAUGAGAUUCAACUUGAGUCUGCCUUUCGUUUUAAUAUGUUUUAUCCUGGGAAUUAGUAUUACUAGAGUUUUGCCUUGGCCUGUUUUACGUGUCACGCGAAAGUCGCAUAAUCGCAUUACAGUUCAGACUGAUACAUAGGUCAUAGUCAUACUAUAAGCAGUGUAUCACGCUUGGGAUGAUAAUUUUAAAGACUUUUAAAGACUGGAGAUUUAAGUCAGGAAUGCUUCAGUCCCGGCGGUAUUCGUGUCAGAAAAAAUAUCUAUACAAGUAAAAGGUAUUAUACUAUAGUGCUUGGGAUAAAAUUUUAAUGACUUGCUAUAAUGGUUGAAGGCUGGUGUGGUAUUCGUGUGAGUAAGGGUAUCAAUCGUCCCAACUCUCAAGAGAAUACUAUUACUGGUGGCCUAGUUUAGCUUCAGUUUGUAAACAUGGGCCAUCCUAACCAUUUUCAUUGAGCAGUUUAACUUUAACUUGAACUCUUGUAUAUAACGUAUAAGUACAUGUGGUUCUGUGUGAGAGAGUUGCUGCAAUUUGCAGCAAACAUAAACAAGUCAAAGAAAUGCUUCUAACAUAUCAUACCUAUAAUAGUCACCAAAUGGACAAUACAUGCAAGAUAGAUAGAUAAAUAGUUAACAGCGUUAUCUGACUAAAUUGAUUUAUAAGCUGCAUAUAUAGCUAAUACGUGGGGGAUUUGGUUUAAUCUCAAGACAAAGCUUCUCAUAUUAAGAUUUUAUCUUUAGUUUUUCAAUCUGAAGAGUAAUUUCAAGAAGCCAAAGCUAUUCAGUGUUGUUGCAUUAACUAGUGAAUCUAAAACUCGAUCGAAUGGCAGCAAUUUAUCAAAAUUAUUCGAAGGAAAUAGUAUACGAAUAACACUGUUAAAACAAUAAAAUAUUUGAUGCUAAAUAUUCGAUGUCGUGAUGAACGAAACUGAUAUAUUGUGUGAUUCUGACCAUGAGUUUAUUUAUGAAACAAUUAAUCAGUGUUCUAAUUAAAAUCUAAUUAGUUAAUUCAUUGUAAUUAGUCAGUUGCCUUGACAUAUUGAUAAAUGAUUCUCUAGUAGAAACAAAAUGGGACUUUUUAACUUCUUCUGUAUGGCCAAACUACACCACUUGAAUAGCUAGUUGCAUGUCUAACAUUCACACGAACGGUAGAAUGACAUCAUAGUUAAAGAAUUCACAGUAAGCUGACAGUGACUGACGCAUAGUGUGUUAGUGACGGUGUGGGGGUGUCGGUUACAAAACACAAAAACGACCACAAGCUUAAUAAAAACUGUACUUUCAAUGAAAGCGCUGCCUAAAUAGACCAAUUCGAAAAACAGUUGUCAUUCUUUUCUCUUCCGAAAUUAAUUUCAACCAAGGUAAUCGCUGCCGCCUUAUAGAAUACUUCAAGAUCAACAGUUUUACAAAGUAUAAAUAUAAUGCCAUGUAUUGUCUUUGUGAAAUUAAACAUUAAAAAUAGCGACGAUUAUGCUAGAUUCAAACAAGACUGGCUAACCUCGUUUUGGUGCACGCUUAAGUUCGUUGCAUGGAUUAUACAUGAAAUAUAAAAUAAUUUGAAUCGGUCAGUAUUUCUGCAGUUUCUAACCGAACAAGAUUAUUCAGUUGCUAGGGGAUUUACGGCCCGAGGGGCGUAUCGCUCCGAAAACAUUUUCCGGGAUUCUUUUUUAUUUUUUGAGAUAUUUGGAUUUUCCUGAAUUUAUAUUGUGAUUUGUAUAGAGAUUUGUAGGGAUUUUAUAGGGACUUUUAGGGAUUUUCAGCGUUUUAUUUUACAGAUUUCUUGGGAACUAGGGGUUUAUACUGAAUGGAAUGAUACAACUCUCGAUUCCUCGUGAUACGAUGUCAAUGUGAAGAAAUAUCUUCAUGCAAUAUUUCAUAAUAUUGCCAAGUUUUUAUUUUUCUGUUUGAUAGUUGUUUGUUUUGUUAGUCCCUCACUGCAAACAAAGAAUUUUUCCCCCGUAGGUGUACACCGGAGAACUUGAAAGUAAAUAUGCAUGCUAUUGCCUAUGAUCGGAAAUAAACUGAUUGCCAUGGUAACAUCAGGCAGGGUUCUAUCAAAGUAUGCCGUUUUAAUUGUAUCAAGAAAAGAUUUAGGAGCUUACCAGCCUGAAACUAACCUUGUUCAGAUUAAUUACAUAGUAUAACUUAUUGGAUUCUUCUGUGCCCAACAUGAAGUCGAGAAUUCAAUAUUGAAGUCGAGACGACUUCGAGCCCAAUAUUCAACGCAUGACAACUUCAAAGAUGUCAUUAAAUAAUGGUUAAUGCGCUAACCACGAUUCCUAUACAGAAUGUUAUCCAUGUUAUCAUCAGGCACAGUUGCUUGACCAAAUUUUUCUCACGCGUUGAGCGGGACCACCAACUGUUCUGUGUUUUAGUUUUGUGAUGUAAAUGAACUGCUUCGGUCAUUAAGAUAAACUCCUGCUGGUUUUUAAUGUGAAAUUGAGCAUAAGUUUAGUGAAGGGUAAUUAUAAUGGGGAAGAAAAAACAAUUAUAUAAUCAAACAGCAUAAUAAUACACAUUCAAGGCCAUAACUUUUCACAUGCAUACCUUUGAAUUUAUGUCCAAAUUUAGGGGAAGAACCCCGGUUCCUGUAUGCAGCUUGUAUCGAGUCUAUAGAGAUUCUGAUAAAGAGCUAUACUAAUACUAGUAAUACACACUUUAGCAAACGUUUUUGUAGACGAUGCUUCCUUGUUUCGCAUUUUUCGAUAUCUCGCAUGACUAUUUACUAUUAUUCCAGUGUACGAAAGCAUAACAUAAAAAAUAGGUAACUAUUACUAAGUAUUGGACUAUUAUGUAUAAAACUAUAGAUAAUUCUAUUGCUUGAUUACCUUUUGUUCUAUUUCAUAUUUCCUUAAGCUAAAACACUCUUGACUAUACAUGCGGUCAUGUGAGUUAUCCAAGCAAGUACGUGCAGGUAUUAGUUGAAUCUAUGAAUGUGACUUUCUCUACGAAUGGCACGAGAUUUAUCUUAUUGAAGUUAAUAUACCUUUAUUAGAUAAACUUUUAAAAUGAUAGCAUAAUAUUCUACAAAGUGGUACCAACCCCAAAUAUGAUUUUUGGUAUGUGUAAUAUUUGAGUCAUUCUCUGAAGAAAUGUAAUAGAUCUUUAUAGUAAAACGCAUAAUCGUGAUGACUGUUAAACCUUCCGGAUAUGACGUUUUAGAUGAAUUUUGGAACAAAAAAUAAUUUACAAUUCAUCUAACGACAUCAUAUCCGGCAACUUAGAGCGGGAAAAAGUUGGUCAUGAUUAGGUUUUUACUACAAAGAUAUAUCCCAUUUCUUCUAAGAAUAAUCCAAAUAUUACACAUACAAAAAAUCGUAGUUAGAGUUAAUAUAGCACUUUAAAAGUUUUCCAUAUCUCAUUAGAUUCCAUUUUCGAGAUAUUGAUCUUGGUUCGAUAUGGAAAUAAGUUGCAUAACAUCUGUCAAAAUCUUCACUCUAUAUUUCUGGCAAACCUUGCCAAAAAAAUAUACUUUUGUGAUAAUUCAUUGUACAGUGUCACCUUGUUAUUUGUAUUUUGAAUGGUGAUUUCGUACACUGUUAAAUUCACCUGUAAAAGUUGAUUCGAGCGGGAUUUGAACUCGUACCUUUGGUCAGUCAGCUCUGAAGCAAGAACUUGUGUCAUUCGGCGUAUGAGAAAAGUGAAGUCAAGCGGCGUUCAUUUGCUAGUUGUUUGUAUUGAUUAAGUGAAAUUCCGUUAGAGCGUCAGGCUAGCAGCUAGCAGCGUUGAACUUGGGCAGUUUUCCUAACUUAGGUCUUACAGCUUCUACAAGCAAAACAAUCAAUUCAUUCAUAUGGUAUUACAAAUGUCAUACGAACAUCCUUUCCAGGCUUUUAAAUUUCAUAUUUAAACUGUUCCCUCUGUUAAUCUAGAUAUUGAGUGA